AAACGUCAAGCUUGUGACUGGUCAUCGUCGGACGAAUCGUGGAACUGGCGCAUUUACAGUAAUUGGUGAUUGGAGAUCUCCAAAUAUUGCACUGAUUAUUGGUUACUGUGUUUAUAUUAACUUUAGCCGCGGUUACUUAUUUUCUAACAAGAUAUUAGUAUAGUUUUCGUAGAAAAGACAAAAUUAAUUGUGUUAUCUCGAGGUCGUUGUACUGCGAGGUUGUAAAACAAGAUGUCCGUGUGCUUCUUUGUACCUGCCGACCAAGCCGGCACGUCUGCAGCUACUGAGGAGGUGAUAGCCGAGGGCAUCGGCGAUGACGGGCUCGCGGAGUCCUCGCAGCAGACCCUGCAGCAGUUCUGGUCCAACGUCAUGGACGAUAUCAAGAAAGUAUCUGCAGAUGAUUUCAAAACCCAAGCGAUCCCGCUAGCAAGGAUCAAGAAAAUAAUGAAACUUGACGAGGAAGUGAAGAUGAUAUCAUCAGAGGCGCCGGUGCUGUUCGCGAAGGCUGUGGAGAUAUUUAUACACGAGCUCACGCUGCGAGCGUGGAGGCACACGGAGAACAACAAACGGAGGACGUUACAGCGUAACGACAUAGCAAUGGCGAUAUCUAAGUCGGAUCAGUUCGACUUCCUGAUCGACAUCGUACCGCGACACGAGGUGAAACCGAACAAGCCGCGACACGAUGCGCCGCGCGUCAACCCGUCCGCCGAACAGUUGGCGGCGCAGCACCAGGCGGCCCUGAACAGCGCCGCGCAGCCACAAAUACUCAUACAGCCGUGCGCACAGGUCGUGCAGGCGUCCGGCAGCGCGGCGUCGUCGUCCAACAACGUGACGGUGUCGCAGCCGCUCACGCUGGUGCACCAGGUGGUCACGCCGUCCGGGGAGCUGCAGCAGUUGCCGAUUCAACUAACGCAAGCGCAGUUGAACAUGAUCCGAUUGCAAGUGCAGAACAAUCCGAGCCAGCCGAUCAUUAUACAGGCGCAGCCGCAGCAGUCGCCGCAGAUCAUACAAGUGACCUCCCAGGCCCAGCAUCAGCCGCAGCAGCAAGUGUUCCUCGCGCAAGUGGCGACGACACAAGAAGACUCCUAGUGCACUAGUGUCGCGGAAGCGAAACAAGAAACUGCCGACGAAUAGUCGACUAAGCGACAAAUAGUCGUGUGUUAGUGAAGUGACUUGAGUUUAGAAUAAGGGCCUGUUCGAUGGCCAAGUGAAUGCUAUCAAGUAUGAUGUGAAUAGUUGAUUUGUUUAGGAGCGUUGUGACUUUUCUACUGGCCACAGUUUCUCGAGUAGUAUUAACUCAGAUGUGUAAGAAUAUUAAGCUAAUGACAUUGAUCUAAUUAUAACAUAUAAUAGUAAUAAUUUCUCAUAAAGAUAAAUAGUGGAUGUGAAGAAACGCAAGGAAUAUUCCGCUUGCAAUCAACUUCAGAUUCGAAAUUUGGAUUGCUGCUGCCACACAUUCAAAUAUUGGGACUAGCCAAUAGCGCAUUAGUUUAACGAACUAUAAAUAAAGUUCAAAUCCGAUAGUGCCGCAGAUAUAGCGAAUAAUGCGAUAACGCUUCCGCAUACAAUAAAAAUACAAGUCUCGAACACCGGAAGCGGCACGUAACAUCGUUUUAUAUUGUUAUCAACCGCAUUAUAAACGCAUAAAGUUGAAUUUCAAAUGCUAUACAAUUCCUUUUCCUCUGCGCCACUCAGUCUGUAGUCUGUACUGACUAUUAUUGAAUCAUCUUAAUGACUAUUGUUAUUUCAGUGAAAUAUGAGGCAGCUGUUCAAAAGUGACUCACGAUUAGUCGUGAGACACAUUUGAACCGCGAUUGUAAACAUUUUAAUGAGUCAUUUCACAUAAUUCGAUGGUUCCUAAGUAAACUAUCGUAUGUGAAAAAAAAAAACGUUUCGUUAUCUAGGCACUGGCUACUACCAAAACCAUUAAAAAAAAGUUAUUAUAACAAAAAAACACUUCAUUUACAAUCAUUUACUAACUUUUUUUAAUGGGUUUUUUAGUAAACAGUAACUACAUAACGAAACGGUAAACAAGGGAAUAUCGCUAUAUUUUAAAUACGAUAGUUUACUUAGGAGCCAUCGAUUCUAGCCAUAAUUAGACAAAUGUGCUGAUUCUAUGUGGUUUAAAUUUAAGAACUCUAAAACGAGUGUGAUAUCAUGUUAACUUGUUGUACAUUGUAAUUAUAUGUAAGUUAUUAAUAAAUGAUUUUUUGAAAUGA